UGGAUCCCCAGGCUUCGCAGUGGCAACUCGGAGCAGAGGGGGAAUGUGGGAUGUCAAGUCUGCUAGUGCCCAGUCCCCAGAGCGAGGCGGUGACCCAUGAGAUGGAGGAGCUGUCGCUGCAGCCCACACAGAGCCUGCCUCCGCUCAGUGAACGCAAAAAUGUCCUGCAGUUGAGGCUUCAGCAAAGGCGAACCCGGGAGCAGCUGGUGGACCAAGGCAUCAUGCCACCUCUCAAGAGCCCAGCGGCGUUCCACGGGCAGAUUCGCAGCUUGGAAAGAGCCAGGACUGAGAAUUUCCUGAAGCACAAGAUCCGCAGUCGUCCAGAGAGAGCAGAGCUGGUCAGGAUGCACAUCCUGCAAGAGACCGGAGCAGAGCCCUCACUACAGGCCACCCAGAUGAAGCUGAAGAGGGCGCGGCUGGCCGACAACCUGAAUGAGAAGAUCGCCCAGCGACCCGGCCCAAUGGAGCUGGUGGAGAAGAACAUCCUGCCGGUGGAUUCCAGCCUUAAACAGGCCAUCAUCGUGGGCCAGGUGAAUUAUCCCAAGGUGCUGGACGAAGACAGCUGUGAUGCCCUGUCCCCGGAGCAGCCGGCCAGCCAGGAGUCUCAGAGCUCUGUCCCCUCACCAGGCGAGAGCAAAGCACCAGAGACGCCCUCUCCAGUUCCAGCUCCAGCACCACUAUCGAGCCCCAUGCUGCAGGCGUUCCCUGUUGCUACACAAGCAGGACAGGACUUUGUGAAAGUGAUCUCUACCAGUGAGCUUCCCGCCUGCCGCCCGGCUGUCAUUCCUGCUCCCUCCAAACCCGGCCCAACACUGGUGAAACAAAGCCAGCAGAAGACGCCCUCGGAGAAGAGUCGCAGUAAGAAGGGCAAAGAACCGAAGCCCAGGGUGAAAAAGCUCAAAUACCACCAGUAUGUUCCUCCAGACCAGAAACAGGAGGCCAGUGAAGCACCCAUGGACUCCUCUUAUGCCCGACUAUUGCAGCAGCAGCAGCUGUUCCUCCAGCUGCAGAUCCUCAGCCAGCAACAGCAGCACUACAACUACCAGACCAUAUUACCAGCACCACUCAAAUCUGUGGCAGAGGGUCAGAGCAGCACCGCCAGCAGCCUGCCAACCUCCAUCGUGGUGUCUCUGCCCACUGCCCCUCCACCUCCUCCUCUGCCUCCAGCUCCGGCUCGGCUGAACAACUCGCUGUCUAACCGCAAGCCAGGAGUCUUGCCUGCCAACCUGGAGGAGAUGAAGGUGGCGGAGCUGAAACUGGAGCUAAAGCUGCGCAGCCUCCCUGUGUCAGGAACCAAGACUGAUCUGAUAGAGAGGCUGAAGCCUUUCCAGGACAAUCCCACCACCUCUGCUCCUGUCACCAUUCCUCUUGCCACUACCACCUCCAUCCCCAUGGAGGUCACCACCACCACCACUACCACCACCCCCGCUGCCCUAGUCCUCCCAGUCCAGCAGGUGACUCCAGAGAGCAUGAGCUCCACGCCACCGGUCUCUCCCAUCCCCAAUGAUCCCUGCACCCUCCAGCAGGAUGGAGGCAUGUCUGAGGCUCCUGAAGUACAAAUGGUGAGCUCCGGCUCGGCAGGUCCGCGGUCCUCCCCUCUCCCGCCUUUUCAAGUCCCAGAGGAAAAGGACAGGAGGCUCCACGAGAAGGAGCGGCAGAUAGAGGAGCUGAUGAGGAAGCUGGAGCACGAGCAGAGGCUGGUGGAGGAGCUGAAGAUGCAGCUGGAGGUGGAGAAGAGAGGCCAGGGCUGCACCGCCGACUCUCUCUCUGUAUCUCCCAAACUCACCUCUAUACCUGCCAUGAAUCCCGUUCCUACGGUUCUGAAUUCAAAUGUAGUAAAAAUGGAGGGUACAGUCCUGUCGAACUGUUCAUCCACCGCUGCUACCAUCCCAAACUCUGUCCGGGGCUCCCGGGCUCUCACGAGCCCCCUACCAACCGUGGUGAAGUUGGAGGACGUGACUGUUUCUGCUGGCAAGCCGAUCCAGCUCCAGACCCAAACCCAGCUCCUCACCCAGAUCCAGCCCCAAGCCCAGCCCCAAGUCACCACCAGCCCGCAGCUUCUCCCCCAGUCACAGAGAAGUCCCAAACUUCAGACCCAGGCCCAGUCCCAACCUGCAGCCCCCAGCCUGCAGCAGUUCUUUAUCAGCCACUCAGGUGGAGUCUCCCAAGUUCUGGGUCAGCCUCAGACUCUGCUGACCACGACUGGCCAGGCUGGGACUCAGAUCCUCCUCCCAGUCUCGCUGCCCAACAACGCUACUGCAAUCCAGCUGCCAAGCACCACUGUCAGCCUGCAGCCUGUUCUCCAGGCCACAGUCUCAAAUCCAGGCCUGUCAGUUCCUCAGCUGCAGAGCACUAAGAUGGAGACGGCACCCAGUCAGCAGUUAGCCAACCACAACCCAUUGCUACAGACUCUGACAGUCUGCAAUAAUACCGCUGGUCUGGAAAACCACACUAGACCUGAGAUGAAUCCCCAGUGUUUCCUCAGAAGCUCCCCAGAGACCAGGGUCUCUCCACGGGCUUCACCCAACCACCACAUGUCCAACGGACCCCUUAAUAAGUCCCCUUCUCCCCAGCCCACCUUCAUCCUGCAGCCCACCUCUCUUAUUACGCAGCCUCCCAAAACAAGAGAGCCUCCCCGCUAUGAGGACGCCGUCAAACAGAGCCGCAACAUGCACAUCAACAAUGUUUCACAGGUUCCCACGGCAACCAGCCAGCAAAUGGAUGACUUGUUCGACAUCCUCAUAGAGAGUGGAGAAAUCACACCAUUUAUCCAGCAGGACCCCCCCGUGUCUCUCAAUAAGACCCACCCGGUCACAGCCAAUAUCACCACCCUGCCCGUCAACACUGCCCUCUGCAGACCGCCUCCACAGAUCCAUUUGGCCCCCCCGCCCACCCUGAGCCCCGUCAUCGACCCCAGCCUGUCCAGCCUCUCCUCUCUGGCCACAGACAAUCAGCUGGAGGCUUUUUUGGAGGGGACGCUGGCUGGGACAUCACCAGUGUCAGACCCGCGCACACAGGGCCUGAUGGAGGAGCUGCAGGCCCAGCUGAUGGACCAGCAGCCCUACUCACCCAUGGACACAUCAGACCUGUCCUUCUGCGAUUCCUCCUCACCUCCCUCCUCACUGAACAUGGGUCUGUCUGACCCGGCACUGGACAAUAUGGAGUGGCUGGACCUCACCAUGCCCCCGGGGCCUGCUGGGGCGCUCACACCACUGGGGAUCCCGACAGACUUCCUGGAUACACACGACCUGCAGCUGCACUGGGACUGACGGCGCUUCGGGUGAGGAAGCUGGAGGAGAGUCGGCUGAGCAGCUUGAGCCGGGAGUGAGAGAUGGAUGGAUGAAGAGAAGAAGAAAGGGAUCGGCGGCGGCAAAGAGGUUGAGUUUAAACAUUUUUUUAAAAAAAGGAAACAAAAAGAGGAGAAAACGUGGCACUCCCAUGCUAUUAUCACUCUUUUACAGUACAUCCAUACCAUCUGUAAUAUUCCCACUAUACUACAGUAAGAGACACUGUACAGGCAGUGCACUGAUCAAGCUGAACUACAAGCAGGAGUUUGCACAGCUUUAAAAGAGGACCUGUCAUCACUAAGGCGAUCGUGAUAAAGGGAUUUUAAACACAGUAGACUUUCUCAUUGACUGACGUCAUGAUUUUAAUGAUGAUUUACAGAAAGGAGGAGACAAAGCCAAACGAAGACUGGUAGCAUGGACUGUUUGUAAAUACUGUUCAAACCACACUAAUACAACUUGACUUUUGUCUCGGUCAGAGAGCCAGAGCAGUGCUGAUGCCUGAGAUCGACUUAUUCCCACUGGAGGUUCGGCCUGUGACGACUUUACUGUGUAAGUACAGUAACUAAAUGUGCGAACGGCUUCCUAGAUUGUUCUGUAGGUGUGUCUGCUGUGAAGGCCUUUGAACCACUGAGGCGUACUGUGCCAUAAGAUCUUAUAUAAAAGCUGGUAGUUACAGCACAGACCACAGACUACAGAUUAAAUCCAGUCGUUGGGGAAAAAAAAGGGAGAUUAGAUUCUAAAGAAGGAUGCGUUUGAGUCUUGCCUUGGACGUAGGUUGUCUGGGAUGAUGUCAGUGCAGCAUCAGCUACUGACCACUUCACCCGGGAAUGUCCAAGUGCUUUGAGAAGUUGCUUCAGCCUGUCUGAGGUGCUGGACAGUCAAACCCGUCUCUUCCCUUUACGAUUCGAGGCCAGACGUGCUCAGUCAGUCACCGAGCCAUGUUUUAAAAAUUCCCCCAGCUGAGAAGAGGUGGAGCCUCUGUUCACACUGGUCCACUCUACCACAUACUGUAGAUUAUUGUGUUUGCUGACUAAUCUGAUACGUCCUAUCAGAUGUGACUGUUUUUCCUCUGACCCAUCGUGACCCCUGCGGUCAAGCUGAUGAAUGACUGUAAAGAACAAAGACUCGACUCCAGUCGGAUGACGAGAGGAGGAAGCUCCUCCGUCAAUGCGAGAGCUAUGCACUAAAGAGGCGGAGAGAUCUAGUGAUGCGCCUCAUUCACCUCAGAACAAAGAAAUGUGAACUUCGCAUACCCAAGGUGAUCGUCAGUAUGAAGUGAUCGAUAUGAUUGAGAUCAGCGUAAUGAUCAUGUGGCCAAUCAAUCCAGAGAUACAGCAGUUGUUGUCCAAGUCUCUAAUUUUGAAUGUACUUUUGAAAAGAUCAACAACAAAAAAAUAGGACUUUACUUACAUAGUCGGCAGCUUUUUUUUCCUCUGAAAUUAAACUGACAUAAAACAGUAAAAAGGGAACAAAUAUCAGUUUAUGAGACAUGCAGACACACAUCUGUAAUAGGUGUGAACUGUGUGUACGCUGCAAGUUAUAUCACGAAUUAAAGAUGUCUUUGGAGACGAUGAGCUUUAUAUCUAGCUGUCCUACAGUAUCCCUGCACUUUGUCUCUGUGUGUGUGUGUGUGCGUGUGUGUGUGUGUGUGUGUGUGUGUGUGUGCGUGGAAAUCACUGCAACGCUAGCCAACAAACGUGCCAGUCAAAAUGACCUGUAGCUGACCUGUAGAAGUUAGUCUGCUUCACCAGCCCAUUUAUCAAGAGACCAACCGGCAACAUCUGGCUGAACGUGUGAUGCGUCAGCUGCUGAAAGUUAGUUUCCUGACCGUUUGUUUGUGUGAGAGACGCAUGUUGAUUUACGUGUGUGUGUGUGUGUGUAUGGAUUUGUCUUCCUGUCUCUCUUGCAUGUACGUCUGUGCGUGUCUCUCUGUGUGCAUGAUUGUAUUUCGCGUUUAAUCUCGGGCUGUUUCCGGCUCUUUCUGCGGCCGUCGGCCUCCAGUCGUUUCAAGAAAGUUGCUAAUAUCUAUGAAAUCAAAUCAUUCGCUCUCCAGUUGGCAUAUUCCAAAAAUGUACUCUUCAAAAGGCUUCUGAUGACUGUUGUACUGUUUUUUAUCUGUGUUGUUCAGUCGGUGUGAUACAUUCAAAAACGCACAGACACCUUUUGAGGUGUGACACGCGGCGGGGGCGUCAGUGAAGAGGGCUCAGCUCCUUUUAAAGCCGUGAUAAAAUAUUAAUGUUUAUUUUCAAUGGAUUGCCUCCUAUCCCGCUCAGUUUUUUUUUUUUUUUUCCAAACCUGAAUAUUGAUUUAGGAUAAAUAUUAUUUUGGGAUUGAUACAGUCUUACUGUAUGGCAUUUUGAAAUAAGAUUGCUUUUUUUUUUUUUUUUUUUAAAUUC